CGAAGAGGUUAACUUUGAAAUUCCUGCUGAUUUUUUAUUUUGUAAUAAUCAUUACAGUGCAAAAUUCAAGGACUUUACAAAACUACUGAAGCAAAUCUACACAAAAUUUUAGAAGAUUAUCGCUGUAGCUUGAUAUUAACAACUGUGCUUAUCUGAGCCUUUAAAAUAUCAAAAUAAUGUCGAAGUUACUGAACCUUAACCUUUUGUGCUUGAUUGUAAUACUAAAUCUGAACUUAAAAUUUGCCUCAGCCUACAAAUGUGAGUUUAAAAACACUAAAUACUGGGUGGGUUCAUAUUAUAGCUGCAACAUCCUGCCUAAUUCCAAUAAAGCUGAAAAGCAUUUUGCUGGUAAAAAUGACAAUGAUGUCAAGGCUGUUGUUUUCUAUGGAGGAAAACUUGGAAUUCAGCGAUUUUCAAAGUCAGAAGCUUCAUUUUUUGAUAGAUUCCAAACUUUAAACUCGAUAUCUGUUAAUGCUGUCAAAUCGAUUGAUGGAAAUUCUAUCCAGAAGUUUGGAGAUUUGAAGGUUUUUGAACUCGCUAACACUGAAGUUCGUGAGUUGCCUGAAAAUUUCUUUUCUGGAAAUUCAAAACUUCAUGAAAUUAUAUUAACCGAUAACAAGUUGACAUCUUUGCCCGAAAAUAUAUUUGCAAAUCUUAAGGAACUGAAAUUUCUACGCUUAGAAAAGAAUCAACUCAAUGACUUGCCAGCAAACAUCUUUAAGCCACUCAAAAAAAUCAAAAUUUUAUCUCUUGAAGGAAAUAAAAUACAAACUUUAAAUCCAGCUUGGUUUGAACCAUUGGGACACUUGGAAAAAUUAGUCAUUGGAUAUAAUCAAAUUUCAGAUUUACCCAAAAACAUUUUCAGCUCAUUAGUAAAUUUAGAUUUCCUAGCUGCUGAUUUCAAUCGUCUAACAACCAUCCAUGCAGAUUCAUUUGGAGAUAUCAAAGAAUUGUACUUUGUGACUUUUAGUGACAACAAAAUUAACGCAAUUGAUGGGAAAAUUGUCGAUAUCUUCAAGCUUGAUUGGCUUGGUGUUGACAAUAAUGUCUGUAUAAAGGAUUUUAUCUUCCAACAGGCAACAGCAAAACAGGAAUUGAAGGCAUGUUUUGAUAACUAUCAACCUAGGAAUCAAUAGAUUCAUGUGAUGAACAAACAUUGAAUUAAGCAUCACAAGCAUUUAAUUUAUGAAUCGUAUUAAUAAAAUGACUUUAUAAAAAAUAUUUAUGAAUCAA